CAAAUAAACAACUCUGUUAUUAUUUUUAUUUAUUAAUUUUUUUUGUUGAUUUUUCUUAUCAAUUAAAUCUUUAUUUUAUAAUAAACUCAUUACAAUAACAUAGAGAGAUAAAACUCAAAUCAUCACUUCGUUCUAUACAGAUUAGUUAUGAACUAUGAACUUUUUUGAAAUUUUGGGUUUUACUGUGCUAAUUUACUGCGUAAUUUACUUUCUCCUAUGGAUCUUUUUGGACUGUAAUGUGGCACUUUGGUUGAAGAUACGUUUUGGUGUGCACAUUUCCACUUUGCGGGGUCAAGUGGUAUGGAUUACUGGAGCUUCCAGUGGCAUUGGUAAGGGUUUGGCUUUAAAUCUAGCCCGCCAUGGUGUACGAUUAGUAUUAUCCGCCAGACGUGAGGCCCUAUUAGAAGAAGUGAAAGAAGAAUGUUUGGCAGAGGCUAAGGGACUAUUAGCGGCCAAAGAUGUAUUGGUGUUGCCCAUGGAUAUGCUUAAGUUGGAGACUCACAACCGCUGUCUGCUGGAGGUUUUAAAUUACUUUGGCAAAUUGGACAUUUUAGUCAAUAAUGCUGGACGUUCCCAAAGAGCCAAUUGGGAAGACAUUGACAUUCAAGUAGAUCGUGAACUUUUUGAAUUGGAUGUAUUCUCUGUUUUGCAUCUCAGCCGUUUAGUGGUACACUAUUUUCUGGAGCAGGCUGGCGGUAAGGGUCAUAUAGCGGCUACUUCCAGUGUGGCGGGCUUGACUACUGUACCAUUUUCGGCCAGUUAUUGUGGUGCCAAACAUGCUCUAAAUGCCUAUCUACAAUGUUUAGCCAUGGAACAUCCUUCUUUGGAUAUUACAAUAUUUAAUCCGGGUCCAGUGGCUACAGAUUUCCUACAGGAAGCCUUUACGGCCAAACCCAAUAGCAAAGUGGGACAAAGUACUAAAAAUCAAAAACGUUUAACAGCCGACAGAUGUGGUUUUCUCUUUGCCACUGCUUUGGCUAAUAAAAUGGAAUUGGUUUGGUGUGGCCUGUUUCCAGUUAAUUUCCUGGCUUAUGUCUCACGUUAUACUUUGUUGAGUGCUAUACUUAAACAAUUUAUGACUCAAAAUACUUUAAACAAAAUAAGAGAAGGUAAAAUUUAAAAAGAGUUUAGAUGCCAUCAUAAGUUCAACGUUUGUUGUAUAAUAAAUAAAAUUCCAAUUUAAAUCUACAAAAUUUAUAUGUAAUAAUUAAGCAUUUAAAUUUGUGUUAAAUUACAAGAAAUUGUACAUAUAUGAUAAAAAUGUGAGUCAGACGAAAGUUAAUUUAAUUAACCUAAUUUGAAUUGUAUUAAUUUUAGCAAAGUUUUCUUAAAUAAUAGAAAAUGUAAUUUAUAUCCUGUUUUAAAGUUGAUUAAUAAAUAAAUGUAACGAAAGAUUCAAAUUAUUUCCAAAAAAAUGAAAUUUGUUUGAAAUUAUAAGCUAAAUUUCUUGUAAAUGUUUAAAUUUUAGUAAAAUUCAUUCUUUUACAAAUUAUCUAUUUACUUGCGUAUAGAUCAGUUCUAAAACCAAAACUUAUUAUGCAAAAUUGAAAUAAACACGACAAUUAUAGAUUACUAGCAUACCCUGAAUUACAUACAAAAUUUGUUUACUUUUAUAGAAAAUUAAAAUUGAAUAAAAUUAUUUUUAUGUUUUAGUUUUUUCCAACUA